AUGGUGCAGCUGAUCGACGACGCCACCGCCGAGAUCCUUCUCCGCCUCCCGCCAGACGAGCCCGAGCACCUCUUCCGUGCCGCCCUCGUCUGCAAACGGUGGCUCCGCAUCAUCUGCCACCCCGGCUUCCUCCGCAGCUACCGCGCCUUCCACGGCGCCCCUCCCCUCCUCGGCCUCCUCCACAGGCUCAUGCUCUCCCAAUUGGGUCCGCCCGCCCCUCGCUUCGCCUCGGCCACGUCCAUGCCCGACUUCCCCUACCCGGGCUCCGACGACCGCCUUGUGACUCCCCUCGAUUGCCGCCACGGCCGCGUCAUCUCCUACGUGAGGCAGGACGAUGGUUUAUAUUACCAUGUUUGGGACCCCGUCACGCGAGACUGCCAUGCCGUGCCCACAGCGGACAUCGAUUGGAUCAUCCAGUCUGUGGCGGUGCUCUGCGCUGUCGACGGGUGCGACCAUCUCCACUGCCAUGGCGGCCCCUUUCGCCUGCUCUUCGUGGCCACUCAUGGGUACCAGUACAAAAUAAUUGCGAGCGUCUACUCAUCAGAGACGGGUGAGUGGAACGAGCCAGUGUGUCUUCACAACAGUUGUGAAGUCUAUUCCAGGCAUGUGAAGGAGGGGCUUGCAGAUCCACACUGCUAUGACCCCAAGUACAUACCCUAUAUCCAGCCUAGGCGAGGCACCCUUGUUGGAGACGCAGUCUACUUCACAGUUCGGCUGGGCAAUGCUAUCGUAAUGUAUGACUUGGGCGAGGAUCGCUUAUCCAUGAUUGACCCACCACCAGUGGCGCGAAAUGUGUGCUACAUUUCCCUCAUGGCGAUGGAGGACAGUUCAUUGGGCUUUGCCUGCAUUAAGGGAUCGAGUCUUUAUACAUGGUCAAGGAAGAUGGAUACAGCUGAAGCAGCGGAAUGGGUACAAUACAGGGUCAUCAAGCUGGAGAAAACUAUACCUGUUGCCAAUCCCGUUGACAAACGAUUUGUGGUUGGCUUUGCGGAGGGUGUGGGUGUCGUCUUCGUUAGCUCAGGAGGUGGAUUGUUCACAAUCAAGCUCGAUUCUGGGCAGGUUAAGAAAGUUGACGAGUCUGGAGUCUCCUUUAGCGUCCUACCCUACAUGAGAUUCUACACUCCAGAUCGUGGCAGAUUGUUGUCUCUAGCGAGGACUGAGUGA